ACAAAUAUUUUUUUUGCGGAGAACUCCAGCUAAACGUCUGAUCCAGCUCACCAUGAAAACCCCGUUCUCUCUUCUUUUGGCCAUCAGUUGCAUGUCAAGUAUUUUGGCAAAUGUUAUAGUUCAGGAUGGAAUCUACAGCUUCCCCUUGAAGGAUGUGAAACAACUUUGGGCACUGAUGGACGCACAUGCAAAAGACAACCCAGUUGAUUCUAGCUCCUCCUUAACUGGACUCUGCCAUUCCUCUGAGCUACCAAAGGCGUUCCACACAGUUUGUGCCGCGAAAGAUACUGCUCAGGUUUUCCUCAGGCUGGAGGAAAUAGCACGAAAAGCCGACCACUGUGAAAUCUGUGCCUACGCCGCCUGCACUGGCUGUGAGAAUGGGGGGAGUAUUGGGAUCAAUCAAAACUGAUGGAAAUGCUGCAGAGCUGAAUAAAACCACCACCUCGAUGUGGGGACCACAAUGGAUAAUUAAACAUACAUACAGACUUUCUGCCAAUAAUUGUUGAGACUGUCGCUUACUGUCGAUCUCUCGGAUCUGUUGCUGUACACAGAGUGAUCGCUGCAAUAUAACUUUUGUAAUCAUAUGGAGCCUCAGCCCAGCAGUUAAGAGAGAGUGUGGGUCUCUUCUACUGACACUAUAAUAACACCCCCCCCCCCCCCAUUACAUAGCCACAAAGUGAUGUCCUCCACGAUCCCUCCCACGUUGUAUGUGAUCCCCGCCGUCUUCCACUGUAUCCCAGAGCAAUUUUCAAACACUUUUUUUUAUUAUGCAAAUUCUUUUAUUCAAAAAAUAAAAAUAAAGAUACAGAGUAUUAACACAAUCAAAGACAACCUAUGUUGAC